CCCGCGAUGGCCGCCAGCAGGUUCUCCACGCCGGUGGCGGCGGACAGCGGUGCGGCCUCGGACGCGUUCUGCUCGCUCUCGCCGGUGUUCAGCCCGAGGCGCCGGAGCCGCCUGCAGGAGAAGGAGGAGCUGCGCCAGCUCAACGACCGCUUGGCCACCUACAUCCAGCGCGUGCGGGCCCUGGAGGCCGCCAAGGCGGCGCUGCACCGCCGCCUGGUCCGCUGCGAGGAGAACGGCAGCCGCGACCUGCGCCUCCACCGCUGCGCCUACGAGAGCGAGUUGGCCGAGGCGCGCAGGGCGCUCGACCAGCAGGCGCUCCAGCGCGCCGCCCUGCAGGUGGCCCUAGACGCGCUGCGCGAAGAGCACAGGCAGCUGCUCGCCAGGAACUCUAAAAAAGAAAACGAUUUAAGUCUGGCCGUUGCUCGUGUAAGGGAUCUUGAUGCUCAGCUCAACUCCAAAGAGGCCGAAUUGAGGACAUCACUGAGCAGCCAACGAAGCUUAGAGAACGAUCUUCAACAAUCCAAAGACCAAAACGUCUCUCUCAAAGGCAUAGCGAAUGAGUCCAAAAACCAACUUCACAAUGAGAAAUUGAGGAUAGCGGAUCUGGAAAACCAAAUGAAAACUCUGCAAGAUCAAGUGACAUUUCUGAAGAACCUCCAUGAAGACGAGCUUAAGAGUAAGACGCGAUUCUAUGAGAGCAGGAUUCAAGAAAUAGAGUCUGGCCGUCAGCAGGAAUUUGAGAGGAAAUUGUUGAAUGCGCUCCAAGAGCUCAGAAAGGAGCACGAACAACGGAUCCAGGAAUACAAAGAUCAGAUGGAGCGAAACUUCCAGGCCAGAAUCGAAAACGUCCAGCUUUCUGCUGCAAAGAACAGUGAUUUUGCUAAUUCUACUCUGGAGGAGCUCACAGAAACAAAACUGAGGGUUGACACUCUGAUGUCACAGAAUGGUGCGUUGGAAGCCAGGAUACGAGCGUUGGAGGCCAGAAUCGGGGAGCUGCAGGAGACGAUUGACUUUGAACGGGACUCAUCAAAGAGGCGCAUAGCUGAAAAGGACCAGGAGAUGGUAAAAAUGCAACAGCAGAUGCAGGCUCAGCUGGAAGAGUAUGAGCAUCUAUUGGAUGUGAAGUUGGCUCUGGAUCUUGAGAUCAACGCCUAUCGGGCAAUGCUGGAAGGAGAGGAAGAGCGUUUAAAACUGUCCAGAACCUCCCCGGAAAGUGGCGAAACGCGGGCUACAAUCACUCAAGGCCAACGCCUCUUCCUGCAAGGAAAGAAAAGGAAACGGGCUUUCACCAGAAAGCAAGCUCACAGCACGUGUUUCAAAGUGGUCCAGCGCGCUUCAUCUUCAGGAAAUGUCUCCGUAGAAGAUAUUGACCCAGACGGGAAAUUCAUCAAAAUUCAGAACAAUUCUGAUAAGGUAUUUUGA